GUAUGACCUUACAUGGCUCUGCUUAUGAAUCAGGCUGUGGUUUUAAUGCUAAAUCAGUGUAUUUUUCUAUUUUUCCAUUUUUCUAAAUCUCACCCUUCUAACAGCACAGCUCCUGAAGGUCGUGAUAUUUGACCUUGAGAAGACUGAUCACCAUGCCAAGGUCGUUUUUGGUGAAGAGUAAACGUGCACACAGCUAUCACCAACCCCGAAGCUUAGAGGACGAAGCCCUCCAGCUCCAGACCCUGCUAACUCACGCCUGUGCAGAACUCCAGGUGGGAGGUGUGUCGCAGUGCUGUGAGGAUGCAGGUCGGCACUCGCCCGAAGGUGGCGCUGUUCACACCGCGGAUAACUGCCCCCAGCACUCGCCCCUGAGCUGCGGCGGGAGUGUGUGCGACCGGCCCUCCGACCACGAGGAGUCCUGGAGGUCCCUCAGCUGUGGGGACAGUGUGUGUGAUCGACCUUCAGACCAGGAGGAGGAGCUGUGGAGGCGGCGAUCUCCGUCUGCGUCACCAGACAAUGAAGAAUGUCCUGUAUCGUCACCGGACGACCUCCAACCGUUCGACAUCACCUUCCGCCCGUGUGAUUGGACCAGAUCUGAGCUCAGACGCUUCAUCCAGCCCUUUAACCGUCUUCCCCUGAGCUUUUACAGCGGUUCAGAGAGGAAGACGGAGGUUCAGCCGGUAUCUAACGGGGGUUACUGCCACAAGUACAGGCAGCUGAGCCACGAUCUACUGGACAGUCACACCAGAAGCUAUUACUCUGAGUUCAAGACCAUCAGCGAGACCUCUGAGCCUGAAGUACAGCCUGAUCUACUCUACACUCGCCUUCAGCUCAACAGCUCCUACAAGUGUGUGAAGUGUACGAAGGCGUUUUCCACCCCUCAUGGUUUGGAAGUUCACGUACGACGGUCCCACAGCGGCUCCAGACCCUUCGCCUGCGAGACGUGCGGAAAAACGUUCGGUCACGCCGUCAGUCUGGAACAACACCGAGCCGUUCACUCACAGGAAAGGAUUUUCAGCUGUAAAAUCUGCGGGAAAAGUUUUAAGAGGUCGUCCACGCUGUCCACCCACGUCCUUAUCCACUCGGACACUCGGCCGUUCGCCUGCCCGUACUGCGGCAAGAGAUUCCACCAGAAAUCAGACAUGAAGAAACACACCUUUAUACACACAGGUGAAAAGCCCCACAAAUGUCAGGUGUGUGGAAAAGCGUUCAGCCAGAGCUCCAACCUCAUCACACACAGCCGCAAACACACCGGGUUCAAGCCGUUCGGCUGCGACCUGUGUGCUAAAGGCUUCCAGCGUAAAGUGGACCUGAGGAGACACAGAGAAGCUCAACACGGCCUCAAAUAAACCCCACUUACUGUAUACAGUACACGGCACUACAAACACUAUCCAGCGCGGGAGUAUAGAUCAUUAAUCCCUUUAUCAGGACCUGUUUCUGCUCUACACUUUCAUUAAUCGACUUUUAUCUUAUUUAUAAUGUCUUCCAUUUGUUUGAUGCUUAACUUUUAAUGUAUGUUCUUUAAUUCAUACGACCAUUAUGAAUGUUACACUUUAAAUUAUGCAAAAAUUGUGAAAAUAAACUUGUAAAACCA